UUUGACCAUAAAGGCAUCAAGAAGUUGUUAUCCGUGCGAGUGUAUAUGGAACCAUGAGAAUGCUAUGCAAAGACUCAUAAACUUGCUACGAAACUCACAGUCAUACUGCACAGACAAUAACUGUGUCCAGGAUUUGCCAGGCCCAAAUUCUGCCCCCGAUGGCGGCUAUGGCACCAUGAUGAUGAUGAUGGUUGGCUGGCUUGUGGUUGCCACGGCGCUGUACCUCCUCCGUCCACAGAGUCUCCGUAACCAGGGUGAUGGGAAACCAGCAAGAAAUAAUGAUUACGGCGGCAGCCCCCCUCCUCCCACCCCUCCAGUUCACUAGUGGACUCUUCUGGACCAAGCCCUGAAUCCCCAACAGCUGAUGGACAUGAAUAUCGAUUACACAAUUGCUGAAGACCAUUCUUACUGGAUGUAAACAUGUGGUGGUGGUAGUGAGCAUUGCAAUAACUUGUCGUCGGACUACUGUUGAGGGCUGGAUGUCAGUGUGGGGAGUGUUGUCCAAAUCCUGAUCUGUGAUGGGCUCUUCUGAGUGACUGUCUUCAACACAAUUGUCCUCGAAAAAUUUAGCUAACUUUCAAGCUUGUAUCACUGUGUGAAGUCAACAUGGUCGACAAGCCUUGAACUAUUCGAAAAUAUGAAGUUCUCUUUAAAAAAUUGUUAGGUUGCUGUAAUACAGAUAACAGAAGAAUAUUCUUGCUGAAAAGGGGAGAUUAUACUGUAUAUACCUACAGGAUGCUGUGUAAGCAUGUUUUGACUUUAAAUACUGUGCUUGGUGAAUCUGUUGGCAAUCCUAUCGAGGACAAGCUUGUGCUGCCACGACAACAGCAGCACUUUAUAUUAUUUUGGUGAUUGGUGGUGCAUAAUGUGAAUCGUUAAAUCAUUCAAAGACAAUUAGCCAAGGCCACAGCAAGUUAGUUAUUUGUUUAAUCAAUUUUAUGCCCAAACUACGAACCAGACAUAAAAUUGUUUAUUUAUACGAUCUGUUUCAUUACAAUGACACACUGUUUGUUGUAGCCAAAACGCUUUGUGCAUACAAGCAAUAGUACAAGUCUUCACAGAAUGGGGAUUUCAUGGGUUGGACAAGUCUACUAGUCUAUUACUAAAAAACUAUUGAUAUUUUAACGAGACAAGAUGUUUCCCCGAUGAUGUAAGUUUUUUCUCUAUAAAACACUGCUUGCUAUGAGCUGCGGCCCUGUAGUGUGGCUGACCCUGUAGGGUGUUGGGGGGCUGACUCUGUCAGGUGUCGGACAGGUAACCACACCUGUUGUGGUCUUGGCUGUUAGUCGUGGUUGUUAAUCAUGCCAUUGUAUGUUGUUGACCAAACCCAGCUGCACAGGGGUAGAAGACUUAGACGUGACUCUAGGGCUGAACACAGUAAAAUCUCACUACCAAUUCUAUCAAGGAAACAUAAGUGAGUAGUGCUCAGUGAUUGCUAAUGUAACAUCUGUAUAAACUCAAAUUACUUUCAACAUGGACUCCUUAAGAUAGUAGUAAGUUACCCUGCUGGAAACAAAAAUCUUUGGAAUAUGUUGAAAGCAUCCUUUGGCAUUUGUUUUGAGGUUCCUUAAUUCUUAAAAAUAUCACUGAUCUAUUUAUUUCUCCACAUGGCUUUUAAGACUGAAUAUGUCACAUUUAGCCUUUGUUAGCAACAGUGCUGAUAAAGAAGUGAACCAUUUCUUUGUUGGCAUCAACCCUGGUAUUCUCCAGACAGGUUGAUAUAGCUUAUAUAUCAUCAUUUACCCAGGGAGUAGUCAUAUUUGUGUUUGAGCCAAGAAGUCAUGGCUUAGGAGCCCAGAAACUGGAAGGGGUGGGUAAACAUAACACGGAAUUACUUGCUGAAUGUAGUGGGGAUUUGUGUGAAGGCCUAAUAGACAGUCAUCUCUCUGUUUUCCACUAUCGCUUGUGAAAUCUGUCCUGGACGUUUACUAUACUUGUGUUUCUAGAUGUAACAAUAUGAUACAAUCAGUGAUGACCCUGGUUUCCAGACAGCUGGUUGGGCAUCUCAGAAUAUCUUUUGAUUAUUUUGUAAUUAGAAAGUCACAAUCAACCACUCAAGCCGGAGUUAGGCUUGAGGAAUAUUGUUAAAGUUUGAUUUAAUUUGACGUGAUACCGGUAUUCGGAAUUAUUCCUAACAGAUCUGACCAAUUGUGUUGUAAAUAUAAACUAUGAGAGAUGAAGUGAUGGCAAUAUCUGCUAACAAAGUGCAGUUUUGAUCAUCUCCUUGCCUCAAAUAUGUCUGACUUAAUUUUUAAACACAAGCUCAAAAAGAUGUAACAUUAUUAUCAUCAGUAACUUUGUGAAACCAUUUGUAAGACACUGAACACUAAAUUGAAUUACAAAAAAUAUUUUGACAGAAAAUGUGUAGAGAUAAACUAUUUUUGCAGAUAUUAUUGUUUCUUGUUAUUUUAUUUUAUUUAAAGUGUAAAAUGUGUGUCUGUACAUAUGAAAACAUGCAUAUAUCCUUUACUUGUACGUUUACUGAAAUCAAAGUGUUCAUGACAAACAUGACAGUUUACCGACAGUUAUUUGUGAUAUCCUUUGCUUGUUAGAAUUCAGAGUAUGGUCUUGUGUGCAAUAGAGCACAGCCCUGAAACUUAAUCUCAACUUGGAGGUGAUCACUAGCACCAUUGUGAUACACUACCUGAUGUACCUCACCAGUUCCACCAUUGUCAUGAUUAAAACAUGAUUAAAUGAUAGUAUAUGAUGGUGAUGAUUACACUUGAUGUGUAAUGCGAUGUUUGUAAUUUUUCAUAUUGGGAAUUCCUGGUAUCAUCCAAAAGGUUGUUUUGGUUGCCAUGGUUAUUGGUAGUAAUGUUUUUGGGUUUAAGCUGGUUGUGCGCUGGUCUGUUCAAGCAAUAAAAGUUAAAGAUAUUUUUCUCAGUAAGAGGUUUCAUCAUUCAUUCCUGUAUUUCACAACAAUUAUUUCUUCAGGUGCACAUUAGGAUUAAAACCAACAUUUUUUUUCUAUACCUAUGUGAAAAAAAGAAAAGUGAAGCACUCUUUACUUGGAUGGUUCAGAGUUAAAUUGCCUCAAUUUAUCCAUUUCAGGAUUAACAAAUGCAGUGUGUGGAGGUAUUAUCUUUAGUUUGUUUGCCACUUGGAUCGCCCAAUUUUCUGUAUAAAUGCUCUGUUUCAAUAUAAAUGUGAUCAGAUCACUUCGAACUUACCAGGUCAAAAAAAGGGCUGCUCUUUUUCAGGUUACAGGUCAUAUAUGAAGAAUACUGUGGAGUGGAAGGAUGACUAGCUGAGCUCUAUGUCGACUAAAUUCACCAGAUUUGUAACGACAUAUCUCAGUCCUCACAUUACCUCUCACAGUGUCCUACUGAAUACUGUAAAUAUUCCUACUGUUCGUCUUUCGUAUUGUCACUAUGGUGGCAUUCUCAUUGGCAGUUGACUGCAAGACAGUUGACAAAAUAUUUCAUAAAUACUGAAUGACUUACUUAUUCUCGUGAAAAAUAAAAUUGAUAAAAUUUC